AAGUGCCGAUAGCCGUCUACCCUCUCGGGCUUUCGUUUACGACAUGCGGAAGUAUGUUGAAGAGACAAAAUGGGGGCCCUGGCUAUCCGGUGAAGAUGGAUCCAUCAAUUGGAUGCACCUAUGGCAUCUCAUCGAUGUCCUCCGUCAUAAUGCUCAUGAACGAGCCAGCGAUGAUAUUCCGAAUACUUCCAUCGAGUACCUCAGAGCCCAUAGUGCCCCUAAAUCAGAGGAUGAACCAGAAAAUCAAUGGAAUGAUUGGGCCGGUGUCCAGGGAAUAUGGUUGCGAGCAGUCUCCUUCAUGGACUAUCGUGAUCUUCAUGCCUACAAUUUCAGUUCCACCUCGAACGGUGCCUAUUCCACCGCGAUAUUUGAGAACGCCAACUUUGCCGAAGCGUUUAGGUUGAUCAAGUCGUACUUUACCAUCACUAAAAUGGAUGAAGUCGGCCCUCCAGGAUAUCCACAUCGGCCAACUAUUUACUUUGUGGGAGAUACCGCCCUACCAAAUCAUCCAACAGACCUUGGAACUCACCGCAUCACGAAAGGCAGCGUCUGUAUGACAAAGAGUGUUGGCGGGCAUUCGUGGGCAUCGGAGGGUGUGCAACUAGGCAACGUGCAAAGUCGAGCAGGGGUCGUUGGCGUAUGGAGUUCGGCAGACCACGAAGAUGGAGACCCUGCAGGUAAGGAGACUGCCCUCUAUCAGAAAAUUUGGUUGGUUCUUAACUCUACAACAGGACCUUUCUGGCUUUGGAAGUCCAGUGAAG